AUGAGAAGCAAAUCCAUCUUAGCUGGUGCCGUUAAUGUUCCAAUUGAACCAACAUCAAAUGUUGACUCACGAACGACAAACAAUAUUGUCAUAAAGAACUAUAGUUCAGAGUGUUUGAAAGAACCAGAACCAGAGCUGAAAUCCGUGAAUUUAAACACAGCUUCAAACGCUAACGCUACAUCAGAUGUUAAGUUAGAGUAUCCACCACUGGACCAAAUUCUUUCAAGAGAAGCCAACGACAACCCUUACACAAAUGUUCAAACAAAUCCUUCAGAUAACGUAGACCAUUACCUUCUUCAGUUAUACCAAACAAUUUUACUCAAAGACGAUAAGAAGCUUUUGACAAAUCUUAUAAGUAAGAACCAAAUAAUUCUAACAAAGGAGGACCUUGAAAAUGUUAUCUCACGAAUAACAGGGAAACAAUGUGUCAUUGACUAUCUCGACCCUGAAAUCGAAUGCUGUGGUCAAACGCCACCAUUCAUGAAAAUAGGUAACAUCCGCAUCAUUGAAACACCAGGAACUACAGGAGUUGAGUUUAA